AUCUAAGAAUAAUUAAUUGACUGAUAAUAAUUAAUUUAUCAUUGUAUACACAAUAAUCAUUUUUUUUUAAUUACUUUUAUAUUGUAUAAUCAUUACUUGAUUAAAUAAAUACAAGUCAGAUACUCAUUUUUUCAAAUAAAUAUCUGUUGUAGAUUGUGCAAAUACUAUUGAUAAAAAAAACAAAACAGAUAUUAAUUUUUUAUAAAAAUAAAAAGAAGUGAAAUGAGUACUACAAUUGAACCUCUAGAAAAAAAAAUAAAAACAGAUCAUGAUGAAAAACCAGUGUUAAUUGACAAAAAUACAAAUAUUUAUUCUCUUGAUAAUUUUUGUCUUACAAAAAUAUUUUCAUAUCUCACAUGGAGUGAAAAAUUUCAAGCAGAAAAUGUAUCAAAAAAAUGGAUGAGUGUAAUGCAAACUUGCUGGGCCAAAGAAAAAUCUUACCAUGAGCAUCCAUUGGCAUUGUGUAACAAAAAAUUUGGACAAUUGUUAAAGCCUGGUUUAAGAAAUAAAUUAUUAUUACAUUGUGGACAUUACUUGGAAAGUUGUAUUAUAAGAAAAUAUAUUUCUUCACGAGCUAUUUGGUUGAUAAGUUCACGUUGUGUUAAUUUAAAACAUCUUGAAAUUCAUAUUAAAUAUAAUAAUGAUAAUUGUUUUUCAAAUGUAUUUAAAGAUUUACAAAAAUUACGUUCUAUAACGAUACAUGUAUAUAAUAUACAUGUUAAUGACACUAAAAUACUCGAAAGUGUUACAAAUAAUAUUGAAUGUAUAUCAUUUCAUUCACACACUGAACGAAUGCACGUUAAAAGUCAAUUUGCAAAGGUAUUAAUGAAGUUUAAUUCUCUUCGUUUUCUUGAAUUAAUUCACAUGGAUAUUGAUGAAAAUGUCAUGCAAGUUAUAUCUUCUAAAACAACACUCAUUCACUUGAAAUUAGAACGUUCAAAAUAUCAACAACAACAAUUAAUUUUAACAAAUUUACUCAAUUUAGAAUAUUUAAAUUUAAGUCAUAUUCAAUAUUUAAAUAGAGACUCAAUGGAUAGUAUUUCUAAAAAUUUAUUUAACUUGAGAUAUUUGAAUAUUAAUUUUUGUAGUUAUACAAUACCACUUGAGCAUUUACAACAAUUACAUAAUUUAAAAAAUUUAGAAGAAAUUAAUUUACGUGGAAAUAAUAAUGUUGAUGAUUCAAUUCUUCGACAAUUCACAAAUCUUAAAAGUUUAAAUUGUGCUGAUUGUGAUAAUGUCACAGAUUUUGGUGUAAUGAGUGUCAUUGAAAAUUCACCAAAUCUUGAAUAUUUAGAUAUAUUUGAAACUGCAAUAACUGUUGCAACCCUAACAUUUGCUUAUAAAAUAACAAAUGCUCGUCAAACACACAAACUUAAUAUUAUUAUCAGUAAAUAUUUAAAUGGUGAUAAGCGUAUUGUUCAAAGUCCAUUUAUCAGUAUUAAAUAUCGUACUCAUUCAUGUUUUUUUAUAUGUGGUUGGUGUGAUUCAAAAGUUGUAACUAGUAAUUCACUUGGGCACCUUCAAAUUUUUCAUCCACAUACUCCAGCUAAUUAUCAUGCUUAUGAAUAAAUUCAUUAUAUUAACGUGAAAUUAUUUUACGAAGUAAAACAAUACGUUUGAUAAUUUUAUUUAUAAAAAAUUUAAAUAACAAUAUGUUUUUAUAACUUGUAAAGAUAAUAACUUGAAAAAAUUAUUGAAGAUGAUUUAGCUAAUACAAAAGCUUAGGAAAUAAUUAAACUUCUCAGUCUAAAAUAAUAAUAAAUAAUUAAUUAAUUAUCAAUUCAUUAAUAUAAAAAUAUUUUUAUUAAAAAAAAGUGUGUAUUAAUUUGUAAUAACAAUCGAUUUCAAUUGAUUUAAAUUAAUUUAAAUAAUUACAAAAUGUAUUUAAGUUUAUAAACCAAAAAAAUAAAUUAAUUAUUUUUCU